AUUGUUUUUAAUAUCAGCAUUGUGACCACAGCAAGCGCACCUAGCGCGCGCAGCGAGAAGAACAUCAGCAAUAAUGGCUUCUGGAUCUAGAGGUCCGAACUCCAAAGUGUUUUGCCCAGAUCAUCCGGAUGCCCCGCUGAUCGAAGAUUAUCGUGCUGGGGACAUGAUUUGUCCCCAGUGUGGCCUGGUUGUUGGCGACAGAAUUGUGGAUGUUGGAACGGAAUGGAGAGUGUUCAGCAACGAUAAAACCAACGCCGACCCAGCACGUGUUGGAGCUGCGGAAAACCCACUUCUUAGUGGGAGCGAUUUGCACACGGUCAUCAGCAAGGGAACUGGGGAUGCCAGCUUUGAUGAAUCUGGAAACGCCAAGUACCAGAACCGGAAGUCGAUGAGCAGUUCAGAUCGAGCCCUGAUCAAUGCCUUCAGGGAAAUCAGUAACAUGGCAGACCGCAUCAACUUGACAAGGACAAUAGUGGACCGUUCCAACCUCCUCUUCAAGCAAGUCCACGACGGCAAAACUCUCAAGGGUCGCAGCAACGACGCCAUCGCGUCUGCUUGCCUGUACAUCGCUUGCAGACAGGAAGGUGUCCCGAGGACCUUUAAAGAGAUCUGCGCUGUGUCUAAGGUAUCGAAGAAAGAAAUCGGUCGCUGCUUCAAGCUCAUCCUGAAAGCGCUGGAAACUAGCGUUGACCUCAUCACCACCGGAGACUUCAUGUCGCGUUUCUGCUCCAAUCUCGGCCUGCCGUCGUCCGUCCAGAAAGCAGCCACACACAUCGCUCGCAAGGCAGUGGAACUGGACAUUGUGCCGGGACGAAGUCCCAUAUCUGUAGCAGCUGCUGCUAUCUACAUGGCAUCUCAGGCCUCGGAGGACAAGAAAUCUCAAAAAGAAAUCGGCGACAUCGCGGGCGUGGCGGACGUCACGAUCCGUCAGUCGUACAAGCUCAUGUAUCCCCGAGCGGCCGAGCUCUUCCCGGAAGAUUUCAAGUUCUUCACUCCCAUCGAGCAGCUUCCACAGUCGUGAUCAUUCCACAUUUUAAAAAAAAAAACUGGUUUUUAUUUUUCUCCAAACAAAAUGCCCACAUCGAGACACGUCUGCUUCACACUCAUAGCACACAUGACAGUUCAGUAUCGCCCGAAAAAAAAAAAAAGCACUAGAGUUGGAAUAUGCAAGGUACAGGCAUUGAGCCACAAUUUUUAGGACAAUGUGUUAGUGAAGAAAACAGUGUUACAAGGUCCCGAUAAUGUGUUUUGUGGAUAAUAGUAGAUUGAC